CUUUAAUGACGUUUCACAUUUUAAAACAUUGAGAAACUAUUCUGAUGUUGAUUGUGAAAAUCUUGGAAGAACAAUAUUGAAUUUUCCAAAUGGAUACUUAUGAAAGUGUGUUGUUAGUUAAACCAGAGGUAUUUGUUUUCAAUAUACCUCCAAGAGCUUCAAAUAGAAAUUAUAGGGCUGCUGAUUGGAAUUUGGCAGAACCGUCAUGGACAGGUAGAAUGAGAUUAAUUUCAAAGGGAAAUGAAGUUUUUAUAAAACUCGAAGAUAAAAAUUCGGGGGAGCUUUUUGCAAAAUGUCCAAUUGAAACAUAUCCUGGGAUAUCUAUCGAACCUGUUAGUGAUUCCUCCAGAUACUUUGUUCUUAGAAUUAUGGAUGACACUGGACGAACUGCAUUUAUUGGAAUUGGCUUUGGUGAUAGAUCAGACUCCUUUGACUUAAAUGUAGCUCUUCAGGAUCACUUCAAAUGGAUCAAGAAAGAAAAACAAAUUAGUGAAGAGCCAGCAACAGGUCCUGGGUUGGAUCUGGGUUUCAAAGAAGGUGAAACUAUAAAGAUUAAUAUGAAAAUAACUAAAAAAGAUGGAUCUGAAGGAAGUUCAAGAAGCAGGGUGCAGGGAGCUACUGGUGGAGGCCUAGGUCUUUUACCACCUCCUCCAGGGGGUAAAUUACCUGCUCCACCAAGUAUUUCACCUGCUGUAUCACCUUCUCAUGCUGCAAAGCCGGCUAGUGGAGGUGGGGAAUCUUGGAGCGAAUUUAAAUCUGCUGAUUCUAGCGCCCCCGAAAAUCCUUCAACAAAUAGCAACUGGGUGCAGUUCUAAAAAUCUUGCAUCUUCUGUAAACCAUUCUAAGUAGUUAUAUUUAACUACAUAUUCCUAGCAGUAGGUAUUAUCUGUAUUUCCUACCUAAGAGUGACAACGGGAAAAUGAAUGUAUUGAGUUAAUAUUGAUAGAUAUUAUGUUAAAAUGCUUAGGUUAAAUAAUUUAAAUAGAUGACCUAUUUUAUUAUUAUUGUUAAACGUUUUUCAAAUAAAAAUUGCUCAUAAAUAAACCCUGAUUCAGUUCUUUGUAUUAAAUUUUUUUACAAAUUUUAAAAUAUAUUUAUUACUAAAUUUUCAUAAAAAAAGUUACAUAAAUGUUAUCUGCUUUUGUAAAUGUAAAUAGGGUUUAAUAAUUUGCACGACUGAAAUCAGGGAUUCAGUUAUUUUAGUUCUAAUGUACAGACCUGUGAAACUUUAAGUGCACACUAUAAUGCAUUAAUUUUUUUACUGUGUUGUAAGUUAAAAAUACAUUUUGAUUUGCACCAAUUUGCUCAGCUUUCAGUGUUUAAUAUAUGAAUAAGCAUUGUUUAAAAUAACAUGUAAUUUUAGUCACAUAUCAGAAUAUUUUUAUAUGUUUAGCAAAAUGUCAGUCUUCCUCACUUUUUUUAAACAUAUUUUUUUCCUAUAAAAUUGGAAUAUAUAAUGCUAGUAUACCCAAUCUGUAUUGUUUAAAUAUAAAUGGCAGUUUUGGCAGCUUAUAAUAGAGUUCUGGUUCAAUAAGUGAUUGUUCUUUAACUCAUUCAAAUAAUUCUUCGAAAGAAUGAAUUCUAAAUGUUAGUGUUCUAGAACGAAUAUAAAUAUUAAAAAUCAAAUUAUAUGAUUUAAGAAAAAAUGUGUUCAAUUCAUCAAAAACUAAUAAAAAAUAUACUUAGAUGUUUUCUUAAAUAUUUAAGAAUAUUGCAUGAAUCCCUGAAUGAAAACAAAUAUCUAAGCACACUUUUAACUUUUAAAAAUCCGUUUUAGAUAUAUAUCUAUUUAUAAUAGCUAUUUGUGUAUUAAGAGCAGAAAGUAGCACUUUGGGAGUUGAGACAGUGAGUUGCCAUCCGACGCGUUAGCAGAGCGCGGCAAUCUGUUGAAACUGCCAGAAGACUUUCUGCUCGAAUUACACACAAGAUUUUUUCUACGAUCACACCAAAAUAAAAUAAAUAAUUUUAUUUUAUUAGAAAUGGGUUUACUUCUUUCGUUAUAAUAAUGUAAGAUUAUUUUGACAUGAGCCUAGUCUUCGAAGAGAAAAAAAUGUUUUAGUACUUACAUGUCGGUAAUUAUUUAUGAUUUAACCAUUUAAUUAUUUACGGAAAAUAUUAUGAAGUCAAUUAAAAUAUUUUAGAUUAGCCUACAUUUUCUAUUAAAAUACCAAUUAGCUUUCUUUUAUUUAAAUCAAAUUAAAACAAACAAGCAUGUGCCAAUAAUGUAAAAUUAUGACAAUUCAUGGAAAACUUCAACUUUUUAGUUAGAUUUGUAUGUGCAAAAGCCUACUUUGGAUAGUGAUCGUAGAAAAAUAUAUUUGUUCAUACUUAUAUACAUUAUUAGAAACAAAAUAUUUACCAUUUAUAAUGAUGAGGGACAAUCGCACAGUAGAAAACUUGUCGACGGGAGUGCUAAUGAAAGGCGUUUAUUUUUAAUUUUCCCAAUAUAUUUUCUUCUAUGUUAUCUUUUAAAUUCGUUUUCGUCAAAGUUGCUACGAAAAUAAAACAAUUCAUUAAAAACAUUACCCAAAUAUAAAAUUAUGGUCAAGAUAUGGAUCACUUGCACUGGAUGUCCACGUGUCCAAAUAAAAGGAUGCCAGCAACAGCCUGUGUUUCAGAAACUAUUAUAAAAUUUUGAAUAAUAAUUUUUAAAUAAAUAGUGGUUAGGAGGAAUCACUGGAAAAUAUAUUUGAGUAUCUAACUUUACCAUUUAAUGCUUAGAUAUAUAGAUUUUAGUCACUAUUUUUAUACACACAUAUUUAUAGCACUUCAGAAAGCAUUUAAACUAUUGAAUACUGAAAAUAAUAAGAGUAAGUAAAAAAUUGAAACCUAACUCCAUAUAUCCAUAUGGACUGAAAAUGAGGAAGAAAAACUUUUUUAUUUUCACAUUUUCGACAAAAUGUUAUUCUUUAUUACAGUUUUUGCUUGUCUUAAAACUAAUAUCUAAUCCAAAUGUCCCAUUAGUGUGUAAUUGUUUAAUAUUUUAAUUUUAUGUUAUAGACCCGCAAACAAGUUUAAAAAAAAGUUAUAUGGAUUUGAAAAGUACAUAUUUUAAAAAUAUUUUUGGAUAUAUAGGGUGUUGCAUUUUUGCCUGGUAAAUAAUUUUUUUUUUAAGUAGAACACCUUGUAUUUUAUUUCAUUUUUAGAAUGGAUUACUAUUACUAUAUUCAAUCCUAGAUUUUCUUUCAAGCAAUUAUUUUUUUUUAAAUUAGAGAAUGGAUGCAGACCCCAAAUUAAAUUAUCAUAAUUUAGGUAGAUUUACAUUGAUUUCAAAAUUGUUUAAUGUACAGACUUGUAAGAUACUAAGCUAACGAAUAGUAGUGAUAGAACUAGUUUAUUUUAUAUAUAGAGUGUUUUGAAAUAUGUCCUUAAUAUGGCUAAUUAUGAGUUCAAUUUACUAAAUUUUUUCAAAUGCAACACCCUAUAUAUUAUUUUAGCAUCAAAUUUCUGAUAAAUUUGCCUUUCCAACGAUACCAAUAUGUUAGCCAAUAACACAUAUCUCAUCAGUGCGUAAUUGAUCGAUAGUCGUUUUAUUAUUGGAAAUUCUAGAGACGCUAAAAUGGUGGUUUCCCCCUUAUCGAGACUGAGGCCCACAAGGGUAAACUCAGCGUAAAAAAACGAGAAAUAAUUUAACUUUGACUGAAUGAUCAAAAGCCAAUAGUAGUAUUAAGACGUUGAAUUUUCUGGUUUGUGAAGCAUUGGCAUUACUUAGGUCAAACCAUGUGAGGAUUUUGACAAACCUUAAUUUUUAAAACCAUUCUAUAUUGCCUUUUGAUUAGAAUUUACAAACUUGUUCGAGUAAUUUAUCCAAUAAUAAUUGGCCUCUUUACCUCUUAAUCCUGCUCAUAUAAAAUAUUUGGGCUCCUCACUUCGCCUAUUUAUCUAAAAAUAUUUGGUCUCUUUUAAAUAUGUUUAUGUAAAAUUAUAUGAUCCCAUUACUUCCUUAGAUCUGUUCAAGUAGUAGGUAAUACUGUAAAUACUAUGGCCAUGUUAUCUAAACAUUUUUUUUUAAUUCAGAAAUAUUGAGAAAAUUGAAAUGUUAAGGUAUAAGUCGAAAUUUAUAUACAGAGUGUACAAAAAGUAACGUAAUAUACUAAUAUUUAAAUAGGUUUGCAAAACAAUUUUGAAUAAAAUUUUAUGAAACGAGUCAAAUUCGCGCGAAUUUCGAAACGUCGGCCGAGCGCACUCGCUUCGCUCGCCCUCCUCUGUAUUGGUUAGGAGGUGGGUGGGAGGAGCGUAUCGUGAUCUUAUGGAAACCCUUGUCAUGAUAACGAAUAAACAAAUCCUGUAGUGAGAAAAUGACUAGUUGCCAAGUUAUAGAUGGUUUUAUUUUCACUUUAGUUUAGAUUAAGAGUUAAUCUAAAUAUAAGAGGCAACUGCGCAUUUCCUCACUAUCGGAUUUAGGUUUUUGUUUAGUCGACAUCACGACUUAGACAGCACAAAUAGGUCCAUUGGACGUCCAUUCAAUAUACAAUUUUGGAUGCCUGGACGUCCAAUGAUGAGUUUUUUCUGGACUUCCGGACUUCAUAGGACGUCCAAUUCUGGAUUAUAUUUUGACUUUCAAUACUCGACAUUCAAAAAACGUCCAUUCCUGGAUUAUAUAUUCCACACACACUAUUUUAUAAUAUUAAUAAUUUAUUUAUUUUUUUCGCAACCCGCUAUACACCAUUUAUUAUUUUUUUUUAUUAAAAAGGUAUCGAACUCACGACACGUCCAUUAUCUUUCUGGGCAUUCAAACGCUAGGCGACCUCGACCAAGAAGCCACUUGAAAAAUUUUUACUAGAUACGGUUAUAAUAAAAUAAGAUUUCAAACUUAAUAUAGAAUAAAAUGUAAUAGAUUAAAUUUGUCAAUUUUUAAUGACCAGUUCUAUUAAAAAUAUAUAUAGAUGGUAUUAUCUGGUAGGUAAAUAAUGACCGAAGAUGGGCGUCCACUGGACGUCCACGUGACGUCAAAAUAAUACUAAACUUAAAAUUAAGUCCAAAAACAGACUUCCUCUGGACAUCGAUAUGCAGCUUUCAAAUUAAUGAUAAUAAACGGACGUACACCGAAUACGGAUAUGGACGUUCUGGCCCUCAAAUGGAUCUAAAGUGGACGUCCUUUGGACGAUGUGUGUUGUCUGGGGACAAACGUUCUUGUUUAGUCGUUACCAUGGGAAGUAUCUAUAUGGCAAAAGUUCCUCCGUAACUGAUUACAGCUAAAUUAACUCAUCUGUAACUUGGCAACCACACAUUUCCCCACCACGGGAUUUGGUUUUUUGUUUAGUCAUUACUAUGUCAAGCGUUCCCAUGGCAACAGUUUCACCAUAACUGAUUUCGUCUAAAAUUAAGUGAACAUUAAAUGAUCUAUAACUUGGCAACUAUGCAUUUCCUCAUUUGGGUUUGUUUUUACUGGUUACUAUGGCAACGGUUGCUAUGGCAAUAAUUUUUACGUAACUGAUUUCGGCUAAACGAAAUUUGACCUCAAAUUCCGUUUAGAAAUCCCCAAGCUUAAAUUAAAUUUGACAUGCCAUUAUAUAAAAGUUUACCACGGUAUGUGUCGCGCCACCACAGUAACCACAAUACUGUAACCAAGUAUGUUGUGGUAAGCUUAUAAAGAAAUGCCUUAAAAGUAUCCACCGAGUGAUGUCACAGUUAACCUAACACAAAUUGAACUAAUUCAGCUAUCCUCUUGUUGAUAGUACUCUUUUAACUUGGCUGGCUAGCGUCAUUUAUCAAACAAAUAAAUUCACUUGAUUCAAAAAAGUUUUAAAAACUUUUGGAUAACACAAACUAAUUAUGUUUAAAAGUUUUUGAAAAGUACAUUGUUUAUUUCUUUAUAGAUGACGUGAUAUUAAUAUUUAAAAAUUAUGUAGUACAACAAUUCAAUCAAAAUGGAUAAAUAAAUCAUCGGGUCUGACCGAAAAUAAAUUAAUAGAAGAGUAUGGAAAUGUUAUGUUAAAAAUAAGGUAUUUUUUAUAUAUCUUUUUUGCUGAUUUUAAUUUGACACUUUGCAACAUCGCGUUAAGUUGUAUUGACAGCAUGACAGAUAUAAUUCUAAAUUCUAAUGAAUGUUUGGAAUGCUAGGAAUGUUAGACGUUAGGAAUGAUAGGAAUGCGUAAAAUAAGUGACAUAAGAAAUGCAUGGGCGGAUUUUAAGAACAUUGAUAUUAAACUAAGGAUAAACCGAAAAUUCUGAAAAUUAAUAGGGUUCUAAGUUAGAAGCAAUUAUUUAAGAAAAUCAAAACCGCAAGUCAAUCAGAACUUUCGUUCUGGAGUUAUCGUGCCGGCAUACAUACACACAGACGACCAGACAAAUUUUUUUUUGCAUUUUCGGACUCGUGAAAAAAAAGAUUUAAAAAUAGGGGUAAGAAAAUUUUUUCGUCUGCACGAAUGAAAUACUGAGGCUUUUUUAAUAUAAAAGUUGUAUAACCAUAUUUAACGAUUGUCCUUAAAUAUAUAGGGUAAUCCUUAAACGAGGUGCUGACCAAAGCUAUACUUUUUUAAAACAAAACAUCCUACAGGUAUACAUAUUUGAUUGUUUUCACAUUGUCAAACAAUUUUAAUUAAAUUCAUUCAUUUACUAUGUUGUAUAUAGGGUGUGUUAAAACGUGAGGUUACGAUUUUCUAAAUUUUUUAAAUGGAAUACCCGGUAUUAAUUAAUUGGUGGCAUACCAUACAGGGUAUUUCAUUUAAAAAAAUUUAGAAAAUCUCGCAUUUUUGACACCCUAUAUAAAACAUAGCAAAUAAAUGAAGACUAUUGAAAUUGUUUGACGAUGUGUUUUGCUUUAAAAAUGUAUAGGUUUGGUCAGCCCCUUCCCAACUAGCAAAGUAGCUUUAUAAUUUUGAGUUUACAAUACUAUAAUGUUUUAUUGAUAUUAUAAUUUGAUAUACUAAAAUUGCAGAAACCACUAUUAUGUUCUCUGAAACUAAAUUGCUAUGUAAAUUAGUUUUUACAACUUUCAUACAGCAAAAUUAUAAAAUAGUUAUCAGGAUAACUAUAAAAUUAUUACAUAAACAUUUAUGCAACUAUUCCAUAUAACAUUCUCAGCUAAUAAAAUUAAAUUGUGAUUCUAUAUUGUUGCUUUGGAUCAACUUUACAACUCUGGUUAUACAAAUACAAGUGUUUCAUAUGCCCAUAAUAACGCUUUAAAAAAUAGUUAAAUAAAUAUUAAGCAAUUUGCUUCUGAUGGAAAUUCUAAAAUAUCUGUAAUGUAGUGUCGAAAUACACUUCUGCAAAUCAAAAAACUAUAUAGAGCUAUUAUAAAUCAAUAAUUUUACUUAAGAAUAGUAUUAUCCCUUUAAAAAUAUAAAAAAAAUUAAAGCAACUAUAUUUGGUAGUACCUACACCAUAUUAUUUUGUAUUUUAGAUUUGUUUAACCACUGCCCAUACCAUUUGUAUGUGAGUAUACGUCUGAAAAUUUCAGAUUUAAAUAAGUGAAGCAAUAUAAAAAAUAAGUGGUACCGGCUUUUCAGAGAAUAGUAAAAACAUUUUGCUGUUUUGUCUAGACAAUAAAAAAAAAGUAUAAUUUAGCAACAUAAUUAUGUUCUGAAUAAUCAUGCCUCAAUACUUAAAGAAAGCCAUAUUUCUGGCGAUGUCUAUGUUAAACUUGCUUAUUCUAGGCAAUAUUAUAAAUUAGGCUUGCUGAUUAAAGCUAAAUCUACUGUCGAUUUUACUAGUUUAUGAGACAAAACCAAUGUUAUUCAAAGAUUUUUAUCAUUUGUAAUAUUAGCAUAAUCUUAUUACUAAAAAAUCCAUUUGCAUAAAUUUAGUUUUUGUUUCACACUGAAAAAAUAUUAGAAAUAUGAAUCAAACUCGAGGCGCUUAAAAAUUUAUGUGUGCUAUACAAUUAACAGUAAUUCUUGCUGCGCAUCCAAAAACGACUCUAUACAUUAUGUCCAAACCGCUUUAUAGAUAUCUCUUAGGUAGGUACUGCCAUUUUACUAUUAUCGCCUCGAAUUGAUCUUUUAUGACAAAUCUAUAAUUAUUUUCUUUUUACCAGAUACAUUUAAAAAACUAAAAUGUUACUGAUUUUGAUAUACAACAUAACCUCAAAUUUUAAAAUGUAUAAAACAGUUAUUAAAGCUCAAAAAACAUUUGUUUAAAUGUGUAGUAACUGUCCGGUAACUCCAUUCAACAAUUCUUAUACAAUUUACCAAUGAACCAAAUAGUUCUGUAAUACUGCACCCAUUCUGUGUUUAUUACUGUUGAAAGAUUGUUCCGGAAAUGUUCUUAGCUAAUAUUUUGUUUUAUAAAUUUUGUUCUGUAAUCAUUUUUUCAGCAUUUAUAAAAUAUCAAAUUGUUAUUUGUGUCGUUUAUGGACCACCCUCUAUAUUUAAGAAUAAUGAUUAAAUAUGGUCAUACAACUUUUAUAUUAAAAAUUGCUUCGUAUUUCCAAUAAUAAAACGGCUAUCAAUCAAUUACUCCCUGAUCGUAUAUGUGUUAUUCGCUAACAUGUUGGUAUCGUUGAAUAGUUAAAUUUAUAACGAAUUUUAUGCUAAAAUAAUAUAAAAAUUGAGUAAAUUGAACUUAAAAUUGGCCAUAUAUAAGACACGUUUCAAAAUACUAUAAAAUAUUCCAGUUCUAUCACUACUAUUCGUUAGCUUACUAUCUUAUAAGUCUGUACUUCAAACAUUGUUUAAAUCAUUGUAAACCUACCUUAAUUAUGAUAAUUUAAUUAGGGGUCUGCAUAGUUCUCCAAUUUCAUAAAAAAAUUAAUUGCUUGGCAACCCUGUAAUGUUUUAAAAAAAAUAAGGUUGAAUACAGUAUUACCAAAUCAUUUUAAAACUGAAAUAAAAUACACCCUGUAGAAGUUGAAUAUAUCUUUGCUUUAAUGAAAUAAUGACAAAAACGUAAAAAAAAAACACUUUUUUUUGGAAUUAAUUAUUUUACCAAUGCCUAGAGAUAUUCAACUUGUUUGAAUCAUUAUUAUUAGUUUUGAAAUAAGUAAAAACUUUUAUGAAAAAUAAUAUUUCCUCUAAAAGUUGAAAAUAAAAAGUUUUCGUUUUUUUUCAGUCCAUCCAUAUUUAUAUUAGCUCAUGUUACAUAAUUAUUCAAGUGAAUACGAGUGAAGUAAUAAUCUUAGAAUAAAGAGACCAGAUAUGUAACACACCGGUGUUUAACAUGCGCGAAUGUUACCAAUUUCUAAAGAAAGGUUAACGGAGAGGGGGAAUUGGGAGGAGACCCGAACUCUGUGGCAGGGACGGACUUGAUUUAAUGGAAUGUGUUGUAUUAUGAAAUUAAAUUAACGUGAUUUUUUAAUAUCAAACAAAUGCAACGACAUUUUAUGUAAAGAGAAGACAAAAGUUCUUUUAUAGAAUAUUUCGUUAGCGUCUAUUUACACGGACUUUUUUGCAAGAGACUACAAUAAAAUGUUGAAAUAGAAUAUUGUUGAUCGAGCAAGGAAUGGUACUCAUUGCCUACGAGUAUAAGAAUGGCUUCAUGAAAAUUUUUUGUGAGUUGAACAUUGUUUUUUCUACGACUAUUAAUAUUAAAAAUUGGUCAAAAUAAGAAAAUGCCGUUUUGUAUUUUAAACGCAUAUUAAAUUUUUUUUAUGAAUUUAUGAAUCGUAUUUCCUUUAUAAUCGAUUAUUUGAUUAUCUUUGAAAAAUCUAAACUAAUCAAUUAAUUAGAGAAAGCCAAUUAACCAAUAAAUCGAUUUUUCUAAAAAAUAACCGAAUUGUCGAAUAUUUUAAAUAAGCGAUUGUUUUCGAUCAAUCGAUUAUUGUCAAAUAAUUUAUUAGAUUAUAACAGUUGAUUAACAUAGAAUAAACUUAAACUAAAAAAUAACCGAAUUAUCGAUUAUUUUAAAUAAUCGUAAAUUUUCGAUCAAUCGAUUAUUUUUAAUUAAUCUAUUUUCUUUUCGUAUAGCCUUUAAAAUCGAUUAUUCUAUUGUCUUUGAAAAAUUUAAAAUAAUUGAUCAAAAAUAAUUGAUCGAAAAUUAUUGAUUAAUCGAAAAUAACCGAUUAAAAACUGAUUGACCCAUAAAUCGAUUUUUCUAAAAAAUAACUGAAUUAUCCAGCCGUGUUCACUUAAGGUACAUGCCAAUGGAAGUGGCUAAUUUACAAAUAAUAUUCUCAGGUAACGCAGUAGAGUCAAAACAGUCAAAGUCGAUUAUUUGAUUCUUUGAAAAUUAUAAUAAUGUUGGCCGGGAUUUUUUGAUUUAAUUUAAUUAUUUAAAAUUAACUCUGAUGCCUUGGUAGGAUUCCCCACCCGACCAUUCACUGUUGGGUACUAAUUAACAGUGCUGUUCCUAAAGUGGCGCUCAGAAACAGUAACAAAGCCUACACAGAACACGAGGCUAAUGGCCGUAGCAGUUGAUGCCGAUAACAAAAUAAUAAUAAUAAUAAUAAUAAUGCCAAUAAUAAAUCAAUUAGUAAAUACAAGUAUAAUUAAUAACAAAACAUAAAAAUAUUGAAAAUAAAUGGCGAAGUUGAUUAUGUUAUGGAGCCAAAACAUGAAUAAAUAUUUUUUAUGACCGACCAGAAAAUAUACACUUUCUGAAAAAUUUUUUGUCCAGUAAAAUAACGUUUUGCCGAUCAAGACCGGAAAGUAGACGUUAGGGACCGGUAAAAGCUUUUUUUAAGACCGACCAGAAAGUAUACAUUUUCUGAACAAUUUUUCGUCCAGAAAAUAUUGAGCCUUUAAAGCAUGAGCGGAGUGGCCUUAACGUUGCGAAUGCUUUAAAGGCGAUUAUGAAUUGUGUCAUACGAUAUUUUUUAGUAUGAAUGCAGUCAAAAUUUAAAAAAAAACAUGAGGACGAUUACAAUUUAUUUUUUUUUUUUUUUUAAUGACGGAAACCCCAUCUUUCUCUUAUUUAAAAAAAACAAUAAAUUGUAAACGUGUGAAGGUGCAUUCAUACAAUACACCUUCACACGCUGAAAUAGAAAGAUGGGAUUUCUCUUAAAAAAAUUUGUAAUCGUCCCCUUUUUACUUUCCUAUCUGUAUAUAGGAAUCAUGAUUUUUUUCGCCCUCGAGUUUUCGACGGAUUUUUACGUUUUGAGGUCCCCUUAAUCCGUUUUGACUAUUUUCGCGAUGAUGUCUGUGUGUGUAUAUCUGUGUGUAUCUGUGUAUGUAUCUGUGUAUGUAUCUGUGUAUGUAUCUGUGUAUGUAUCUGUGUAUGUAUCUGUGUAUGUAUCUGUGUAUGUAUCUGUGUAUGUAUCUGUGUAUGUAUCUGUGUAUGUAUCUGUGUGUGUAUCUGUGUGUGUAUCUGUGUGUGUAUCUGUGUGUAUAUAUGUGUAUAUCUGUGUGUGUAUCUGUGUGUGUAUCUGUGUGUGUAUCUGUGUGUGUAUCUGUGUGUGUAUCUGUGUGUAUCUGUGUGUGUAUCUGUGUGUGUAUCUGUGUGUGUAUCUGUGUGUGUAUCUGUGUGUGUAUCUGUGUGUGUAUCUGUGUGUGUAUCUGUGUGUGUAUCUGUGUGUGUAUCUGUGUGUGUAUCUGUGUGUGUAUCUGUGUGUGUGUGUGUCUGUGUGUGUGUAUCUGUGUGUGUAUCUGUGUGUGUAUCUGUGUGUGUGUGUGUCUGUGUGUGUGUAUCUGUGUGUGUGUGUCUGUGUGUGUCUGUGUGUGUCUGUGUGUGUGUGUAUCUGUGUGUGUGUGUGUAUGUAUCUGUGUAUGUAUCUGUGUAUGUAUCUGUGUAUGUAUCUGUGUAUGUAUCUGUGUAUGUAUCUGUGUAUGUAUCUGUGUAUGUAUCUGUGUAUGUAUCUGUGUAUGUAUCUGUGUAUGUAUCUGUGUGUGUAUCUGUGUGUGUAUCUGUGUGUGUAUCUGUGUGUAUAUAUGUGUAUAUCUGUGUGUGUAUCUGUGUGUGUAUCUGUGUGUGUAUCUGUGUGUGUAUCUGUGUGUGUAUCUGUGUGUGUAUCUGUGUGUAUCUGUGUGUGUAUCUGUGUGUGUAUCUGUGUGUGUAUCUGUGUGUGUAUCUGUGUGUGUAUCUGUGUGUGUAUCUGUGUGUGUAUCUGUGUGUGUAUCUGUGUGUGUAUCUGUGUGUGUAUCUGUGUGUGUAUCUGUGUGUGUAUCUGUGUGUGUAUCUGUGUGUGUGUGUGUGUGUCUGUGUGUGUGUAUCUGUGUGUGUAUCUGUGUGUGUAUCUGUGUGUGUGUGUGUGUCUGUGUGUGUGUGUAUCUGUGUGUGUGUGUCUGUGUGUGUCUGUGUGUGUCUGUGUGUGUGUGUAUCUGUGUGUGUGUGUGUAUCUGUGUGUGUGUGUGUGUGUAUCUGUGUGUGUGUGUAUCUGUGUGUGUGUGUAUCUGUGUGUGUGUGUGUAUCUGUGUGUGUGUGUGUGUGUGUGUAUCUGUGUGUGUGUGUGUGUGUGUGUGUGUGUGUGUGUGUGUAUCUGUGUGUGUGUGUGUAUCUGUGUGUGUGUGUAUCUGUGUGUGUGUGUGUAUCUGUGUGUGUGUGUGUAUCUGUGUGUGUGUGUGUGUGUGUGUGUAUCUGUGUGUGUGUGUGUAUCUGUGUGUGUGUGUGUAUCUGUGUGUGUGUGUGUGUAUCUGUGUGUGUGUGUGUAUCUGUGUGUGUGUGUAUCUGUGUGUGUGUGUAUCUGUGUGUGUGUGUAUCUGUGUGUGUGUGUAUCUGUGUGUGUGUGUGUGUAUAUCUGUGUGUGUGUGUGUAUAUCUGUGUGUGUGUGUAUAUCUGUGUGUGUGUGUGUGUGUAUCUGUGUGUGUGUGUGUGUGUGUAUCUGUGUGUGUGUGUGUGUGUAUCUGUGUGUGUGUGUAUCUGUGUGUGUGUGUGUGUAUCUGUGUGUGUGUGUGUGUAUCUGUGUGUGUGUAUCUGUGUGUGUGUGUAUCUGUGUGUGUGUGUGUAUCUGUGUGUGUGUGUGUAUCUGUGUGUGUGUGUGUGUGUGUAUCUGUGUGUGUGUGUGUGUGUGUGUGUGUGUGUGUGUGUGUGUGUGUGUGUGUGUGUGUGUGUGUGUGUGUGUGUGUGUGUGUGUGUGUGUGUGUGUGUGUGUGUGUGUGUGUGUGUGUGUGUGUGUGUGUGUGUGUG